GGGGUUACCCUCGACGGGACGCUUGGCUCUCUCUUGUCGUAUAAAGACUCACGUUGGUCCAACAACCUCGAACGAUACGUCAACAAACCCCCAAGGUCUCCAUACCACACCUAAUCAAGUCGAGCCUCACAAACACAAUGCGAUUCACCGACGGGCUCUGGCUCAAACGCGCCGGCGUCGACUUCCGAGGAGGGGUCGAGGUGGCCGAGAUCCUGAACAAGGACGAGAAGACUGGGAUCGACUACCUCGUCGCUUGUCGGCAUAUCGCCAAUAGGGGGGAUAGUAUGGACGGACCGCUCUUGACGUUCAACGUCUCGAGCCCGGCUGAUGAUAUCAUCAAAGUCCGGGUCGACCAUUUCAAGGGAGUCCACCAAAAAUCCCCCAACUUUGAGCUCUUCCCCGAUUCCAAGCCCCCCUCACCCAGAGUUAACAUCGACUCCACCUCUUCAUCCGAUACCCUCUCCCUGCAAUCCGGUUCUUUGAAAGCGAGCAUCUGUUUGAAGGAAUAUUCUUAUGGGAUCCGGUUCACUUCGGAAUCCGACGAGAAGAAAGAGAAAGGGGAGAAACCCCUCUUCCUCUGUUCCACCGAACCGAAAUCCACUGCCGUCAUCGACGUCCCCCCCUCAUACGUCAUCAACCAGAUGUCGGAAUCGUCUUGCUUGGAGACGGGUACCGAUGCCACGUUGGGCGCCUCUUCUAACUUUGAAAUCGAUAAAGGGGGCAAGAUCAGGUUCAUGCUCAACGAACUCAGUUUGACGGUAGGAGAGACGAUCUAUGGAUUAGGGGAGAGGUUCACGCCGUUGGUCAAGAAUGGGGGGAGUCAUUCGAUCUGGAACCAAGACGGCGGCACCUCCUCCCAACAAGCCUACAAGAACAUCCCCUUCUACCUCUCUUCCCGCGGGUACGGCAUCUUCGUCAACCACACUGAAGAAGUAGACUUCGAGGUCGGUGCUGAAAAGUGUAGUAAAGUCGGGAUCUCCGUCCGUGGAGAAGGGUUGGAGUACUACGUGAUCAACGGGGGUGGGAGCUUGAAGAGGACUUUGGAGCUCUAUUGUUUGUUGACGGGAAGACCUGCCCUGCCUCCUUCGUGGACGUUUGGUCUGUACAUGUCCACCUCGUUCACGACCUCGUACGACGAAAAGACCGUCUCCGGUUUCCUCGAGGGGAUGAAGGAGCGGGAAUGUUACACCCGGGUCUUGCACUUGGAUUGCUACUGGAUGGAAGCGUACGACUGGUGUUCCUUCCAGUUCGACGACAAGGCGUUCCCCGACCCGGCGAGCUAUCUCCGUACCGUCAAGGAUAAGUACAACGUCAAGGUCUGCGUGUGGAUCAACCCGUAUAUCUCCCAACGUGCGCAUCUUUUCAAGGAGGGCGUGGAGAAGGGCUACUUUAUCAAGCGGGCCAACGGGGAUGUCUGGCAGUGGGACCUCUGGCAGCCCGGAAUGGCAUAUGUCGAUUUCACCAACCCGGACGCCUGCAAGUGGUACGCCAAGCAGCUUGAAGGCCUGAUGGAUAUUGGCGUGGACACUUUCAAGACCGACUUUGGGGAAAGGAUUCCGCAUAAGGGAGGUGUGACUUAUUUCGACGGUAGUGAUCCUCGUAAAAUGCACAACUACUACACUCAGAUCUUCAACGACCUCGUCUUUACCACCCUCAAGAACCGGCUCGGCGAACACGGUGCUGCCGUCUUUGCUCGAUCCGCUACCGCUGGAGGUCAGCGCUUCCCUGUCCAUUGGGGAGGCGAUUGCGAGUCGACCUACGAGGCCAUGGCCGAGUCUCUUCGAGGAGGUCUCAGCUUGACCAGUUCCGGAUUUGCCUUUUGGUCGCACGAUAUCGGUGGUUUCGAGGGGCUUCCUCCUGCUGCCGUAUUCAAGCGAUGGGUAGCAUUCGGUCUGUUCUCGUCUCAUUCCCGACUUCAUGGGUCCAAGUCGUUCCGUGUUCCCUGGCUGUACGACGACGACGGCAAGGACGAGGCGUCCAAGGUGUUGGCGAAGAUGGUCAAGGCCAAGCUCAGGUUGAUGCCAUACCUGUUUGCUCAGGCCAUCAAGUCGCACGAGACGGGUGUCCCCAUGAUGCGAUCGAUGGUGAUAGAUUUCCCCGAAGAUCCUACUUGCCAAUACCUUGACAAGCAGUACAUGCUUGGGGACAACGUCCUAGUCGCCCCCGUGUUCUCGGACGACACCGCCAACUUUUACCUGCCCGAGGGCAAGUGGACUUGUUUCUGGACCAACGCCGUUAUCACAGGCCCUCGCUGGAUCAAAAAGGAAAACUACCCCUUCACCGCCAUUCCAGUCUUUGUCAAGGAGAACAGCGUGUUGCUGCUCGGACCCGAUUCGGUCGACGUUCCCGAUUACGAGUAUGCCAAGGUCGGACUCGAGGUCAGGGCGUACCAGGUCUCGAACGACGCCGAGGUCGUAGUCCAGGUCCCUUCUGGUAAAGGACCCGAAUGGGCCGGCAAGGUCAUCGUCAAGGGCGGCAAGGCGGAUGGUCAAGGCGUCAAGAUCGACUCGGUCGCCGACAUGCAGGAGAAGGAGGGGUUGUGAAGCAGGAGAGCAUGAUCAUAGAUAGACCCGAUAUGAUAACGAU